AUGUUGUUCGGAAAAUAUAGGUGGCCGAUAUGCCUCCUCGCGGGGACCGCUUUCCUCGUCACGGUAGCACUACUUUCUGCUCGCAGUACGCCAUACACAAGCUCUAUUGUUCGAGUAAACAGUCAUGGACAGUCCGGUCCGCUGGCGGGGUCGCCAACACCUGUCCAGAGCCCUCAUGCCUGUCCUACCGCGCCGCCAACACCAGCCUUGAUCCCCAACACCUCUGGUCGAUUUGACUGGCGAACGGUCCCGAAACACCACCCUCUCCAAGAAUACUCCCAACUGUCCCAAGAAAAGCCGACACCUAGGCCUUCUGUGCAGCACACCUUUACACCCGCCUCGCCAGAAGCCAAGAACGCAAACGCAGCGCGCAAGGAUGCAGUUAGACAAGUCUUUAAGCGCUGCUGGACCGCUUACAAGGACCGCGCGUGGACGAAAGACGAACUCGCGCCCAUAUCCGGCAGAGCCAGGGACACGUUUGGAAGCUGGGGAGCCACUCUGGUCGACAGCCUCGACACGCUGUGGAUCAUGGACAUGAAAGCGGAGUUUGCAGAGGCCAUGGAUGCUGCCGUGCAGAUCGAUUUCGGACCGAAAAUCGACGGCGAGAUCAACGUGUUCGAGACGAUUAUCCGGUAUCUCGGAGGCUUUCUGGGCGCUUACGAUGUGUCCGGCUGUCACGAUGCGCGGCUGCUGAAUAAAGCGAUGGAGGUCGCGGAUCUGGCGUAUGCCGCGUUCGACACGCCGAAUAGGAUGCCGGUCUCGAGGUGGAGCCCGAAGAAAGCUGUAGACGGGGAAGAACAACUGCCUGCGGAGUCAAUGCUGAUCGCUGAGGCGGCGUCAGCGAGUCUGGAGUUCACACGCCUGUCGCAACUCACCGGAGAUAUGCGCUAUUUCGAUGCCAUCUCCAGAGUCACAGACGUACUCGACAAGCAGCAAGGUCUCACCAAGCUUCCAGGCAUGUGGCCUAUCAGUGUCAACAUGCGUAAGCCGGACCUGACGUUCGAUGGCUUCUUCGGCCUUGGUGCCAUGGCUGAUUCCGCAUACGAGUACCUCCCCAAGAUGCACCUCCUGCUCAACGGGAUCGGUCCCGUCGCAGUCCAGUACCAGAAGAUGUACGAGUACGCGAUGUCCACCGCGAUAGCACACACCCUAUUCCGCCCCAUGGUCCACGACAAAGCCGACAUUCUAAUCGCCAGCGCGAACGUAAACGGGGAGCGCGACAGCAAAGGCCAGCAUCUCGUGUGCUUCGCCGGCGGCAUGUUCGCGCUCGGCGGGCGUCUGUUCGACAACAGCACGCACAUGGAUGUCGGGCGCAAGAUCACCGAUGGCUGCGCAUGGACGUACAAGAACGCGCCCAACGGCAUCAUGCCUGAAGUCUUCACGAUGCCCGCGUGUCCGUCCCUCGCCGCAUGCGACUUCACGCUCCCACCUGGAAGCAGCCCAUUUAGCGAGGUCAACGACGGACGUUAUGUGCUACGGCCCGAAGCGAUUGAGUCGGUGUUCGUCAUGUACCGCAUCACGGGUGAGGCGAAGUAUCAGGACAUUGCGUGGGAGAUGUUCCAGGCCAUUGAUAAGCACACAAGAACGGAGUUUGCUAACGCGGCGAUUGGAGAUGUCAUGAAGACGCCGGCGGAGAGGUAUGAUAGCAUGGAGAGCUUCUGGUUGGCGGAAACGCUGAAGUACUUCUACCUGAUCUUCAGCGAGCCUGACACGCUCAGCUUGGAUGAUUUCGUUUUGAACACUGAAGCGCAUCCGUUUAGGAUUCCGUACCAUUAG